CAACCAAUCACCUCCAGCAAACAGCCUGUAUCGUGAUUAGCCUUUUCCCGUGCCUUUGGGUCUCUUUGUAAAUCGUUCGAUGGGACCCGACCCCCGGCGAUAUCGCUCCGUGAAGCCGUUAUCCGCAACCACAUCGCGUUACAUCGGAUUUGCUGCCGUUGCUGCUACUGCUGCUGCCGUUGUCCCCCAGUCGUAUUCCCGCGACUGUUGCUCGUGAAGCUAUUUCCCUCCCACUGUGCGCAUUCAUACUGGUCUACUGCUAGCUUUGGUGUUGUUGAGGAGACCCGCCCGCGCAUCUUCAAGCCACAAUUUAGCAGAUUUCCGCCCGUGCAAAUGCUCCUUUUUCCGGAACCGGAACCAACAUCUCGCCAACCAAGCCCGUCUUGUUUGUGGUUUUCCCCUGACAAAACCCAACACUUACUACACACCACCUUUUCGGUUUCUUUUUCUCUUUUGUAUCAUUGGUCGGAACCGCAUUGACCAUUCUUACUACGGGAUUUGAUUUCUACUUGAUUUCUACACACCCCCUCCCUCUCAACACACAGACAACCAGCCUCUCUCUCCACGAUACUACGCUCCCUCUCUUUCACAGAAAAAAUACUUGUGACGGACAGUCUCACGAGCGUAGCAGAGGCCCGCAAGCCACCGGGUAACAAUGUGAGACCAAGCCCGUCGUCUCUCGUUUACAAGAAAGACAAGACAUCAUCACGUGGCGCGUCGCCGUUUAAGUUUUGCCCCAAAAGGUUAAAAUACAUCGCGGAGCUGCGCCUUUCUACACUACAUUCUGAGAAACACGCGUAUCGUUUUUCUUCCUUCUAUCCACUCCUUCUUCCAUCGCCACACAAUUAGUCUUGUAUUGGACUAUAUACAGUUAGGUCUGCUGAUGCCAACACCGCCGCCAUGGCGGACAAUCGAGGCCCCGAGCUGUUGAUUGUCAACAUUGUCUUCUUUGUCGUCACAGCAUGCAUCGUCAUCAUGCGAUGCUACACGCGCAUCUGCAUCACCAAGGCGUUUGGCGCCGACGACUGGCUGAUGGUGAUUGCGACGGCCUUCUUCUUGGGCUACAUUAUAUGCUCGAAUCUCGGCGUCAGGUUCGGCACCGGCCAGCACAAGGUCGACCUGGCGCCGGAAAACUACGAAACCGCCAAGAUGCUCUGGUGGUUCUGCUACCUCUUCUUCGGCAUCACCAUGUGCGCCGCCAAACUCUCCUUUGGCUGGCUUCUACUGCGCAUCGUCUGCAAGCCCGCCCACGCAUACAUCAUCUACUCGACCUCGGCGAUUGUCAUGAUCGCCGCCAUCAUCUUCUUCUUUGUGACUGUUCUGCAGUGUAACCCGGUUACCAAGUUCUGGAAAGAGGAUGAACCGGGCUACUGUAUCCCGCCGCGCAUCUUUACCGACCUCGCGUAUCUAUAUAGUGCUGUCAGUGUCGUCACUGAUCUCUCGUAUGCGCUGCUGCCGGCCUUUGUCAUCUGGCACGUCCAGCUGCGCACGCGCAUCCGCUUUAUCCUUAUUAUCCUGAUGGGCCUAGGCUGUCUAGCCAGCUGCGCCGUCAUCGUCCGCAUACUAUACUUUAGGCACUUCUCCGACCCCGACUUUCUCUAUGCUACAACAGACAUUGCCAUCUGGUCCACCAUCGAAAUGGGCCUCGGCAUCAGCGCCGCAAGCUUCUCGACGCUGCGCCCGCUUGCCCGCUCUCUCGGCUGGAGCAUCGGCUUCUCCUCGUCCGGAUCCGUCCCGUCCGGCGGCAACAACCAUAAUAACAAUAAUAACACCCCUCUCACAGUUGGCCAGAUCGACUCGCGGCGGCCGUCGCGGAUAUCGCGGUCCCAGCACCGCAGCAACAACAGAGACAGAGACAUUUAUACACAGCGCUCCCAGGAGUCGCAGGAUCGACUGCACGGCAGCGCCCGCAGAGGGAGCAUCCGCACCCUGGCGUCCCAGCAAACAACCGCAUAUACAACGUCUGAUCCGAGAUCACGGACAGCGAGCCACGAUAAAGGCGAGGCCGAAUGGGUGGCUCUGUCUGAUCUGGAGCGGCAGGCCGUCGACGACGAUAAUGCGCCGCAUGGCAAAAUAACACCUAACGAAUAUGUACUGUAGUAGUAAUAGUGAAAACAAGCGAACACCAGAGAUACCAAUUGCAUUUUGUUUUAUCUUCA